AUGCGCAGGUUUUCUUCCGUAUUCAAAAAGAAGGAUGACUCUAAGGUCAAGGAGAAUGGCCAGACCAGCGAAAAGGUGAAUGGCAAGCGACAAUCCAAGGCCGUCUCGAGCUCUGCUCCGCCUGCUGAGCCGGAAGACCACAGCAAGGCCCGGAAUGAAGUCUCUGCUAUCUUCGAGAGAUACGCCCAAGUGAUUCACGCGUCUCGAGAGCCAUUGCCUACUCAAAGUGGCGAUGGCACCUACCUGGAACAUGGCCAUGAUCACUCCACCAGCCUGUUUUCUGAUCUCCGAUCAUUGGGAUUCAAAGACUAUGGUACUCUCGUUGAAGUCAUGAAAAACAAAGCGUCUGGCGGAUAUGUGGAUGACAAGACUAUGUUGAUGGAGCGCAUUAUCCAGCUCGUCAGCGGACUUCCGUCUAACUCUGAGAGGAGGACUGAGCUUACAAAUGCGUUCCUUGACGAACUUUGGGACUCUCUUCCACAUCCACCUCUUUCGUUUGUCGGACCCAAAUUUGAAUACCGAUCUGCCGAUGGCUCGUGGAACAAUCCUACAAUUCCAUGGCUGGGCGCUGCCAACACUGAAUACUCCCGCUCAAUCGCGCCAUUGACUAUCCAACCGAGUGGUCUUCCAGAUGCAGGUCUCAUCUUUGACAGUAUCAUGGCCAGAGAGAAAUUCACACCACACCCAAACAAAGUUUCCAACAUCUUCCAGACCGAUUACAGAAACCCUCACAUCUCUCAGACUUCCGCCUAUCUGGAUUUGUCCAUCCUCUACGGUGAUAACCAGGAUGACCAGAAUCAGAUGCGUACUUUCAAAGAUGGAAAGAUCAAACCCGACUCCUUUUCGGAGCCCCGUCUCCAGGCUUUCCCUGCCAUGUGCAACGUUCUCAUGGUUAUGUUAAAUAGAUUCCACAACAACGUCGUCGAACAGAUUGCGCAGAUCAAUGAGAAUGGCAGAUUCAACAAACCUCGCCCAGGUCUUUCACCUGAGCAGACUGAAGCUGCCUGGAAGAAAUAUGACGAGGAUCUUUUUCAAACCGGCCGAUUGAUCACUUGCGGUCUGUACAUUAACAUCACUCUGUAUGAUUACUUGCGCACAAUUGUCAACCUUAACAGGACCAAUAGUACAUGGUGUCUAGAUCCCCGUGCCAGAAUGCAGGGUACUCACACCACUCCCUCUGGUCUUGGAAACCAGUGUUCUGUGGAAUUUAACCUCGCCUACCGCUGGCACUCGGCUACCAGUUAUAAUGAUGAGAAGUGGACAGAAGAAGUCUACAGGGAUUUGUUCGGUAAACCGGCCGAAGAGGUCUCCAUGGUCGAGCUCCUUAUGGGACUCAAUAAAUACGAACAGAGCAUUGACAAGGAUCCCUCUAAGCGUACUUUCGCCAACCUCCAACGUCAAGCAGACGGAACUUUCAAAGAUGAUGACCUUGUUAAGAUCAUGGCUAGCGCUGUUGAGGACGUCGCAGGAUCUUUUGGCGCUCGCAACGUUCCCAAGGUUAUGCGGUCCAUUGAAAUUCUUGGUAUUGAGCAAGCCCGCAAAUGGAACGUCGGUUCUCUGAACGAGUUCCGUAAGUUCUUCAACUUGAAACCGUACGAGACCUUUGAGGAAAUCAACUCAGACCCAUACGUUGCGGAUCAACUUCGCCACCUUUAUGAACAUCCCGACUAUGUCGAACUAUACCCCGGUAUCGUUGCUGAGGAAGCUAAGGAACCUAUGGCUCCUGGUGUUGGUAUCACGCCUACCUAUACCAUCUCGCGUGCCGUGUUGUCCGAUGCUGUGGCUCUCGUACGCGGUGAUCGUUUCUAUACUACCGACCAAACACCACGAAACCUCACAAACUGGGGUUGGCAAGAAAGUGGUCAUGACUUGAAUAUCAACCAGGGCUGUGUGUUCUACAAGCUUGCAUUCCGUGCAUUCCCCAACCAUUUCAAAUCCGAUUCGAUCUACGCACACUACCCCAUGACCAUCCCUGAAGAGAAUAAGGUCAUCAUGAAGAACUUGGGACGUGAAGCUGACUACAGCUGGGAUCCACCAACUUUCAACGCUCCCCGUGUGGAGCUGAAAACAUACCAAGCUGCUGAGACUGUCCUCAAAGAUACUCGCAACUUCCGUGUUACCUGGGGUGAUGCCAGCGCAUGGGUGUUUGGUGAGAAGACUGGAUUUGAUUACAUGCUCUCUGGUGACACACCUUUCCACACUAAGCAACGUGAACUCCUUGAGAGGUCACUAUACCAAGAAGGAUGGGACUCUCGUCUAAAAGAAUUUUAUGAACAAAUCACCCUGCAGUUGCUUCACGACAAGUCGUACACACUUGCCGGCACUAAGCAGGUGGAUCUCACUCGAGAUGUUGGAAACCUUGCCACUGUGCACUUUGCUGCACAUCUUUUCGGACUCCCAUUGAAAACCAAGGGCAACCCACGAGGGAUUUUCACUGAGCAUGAGCUAUACAUGGCCAAUGCCGUCAUCUUCCAAGCUGUUUUCUUCGACUACGAUUUGAUGCGCUCCUAUCCACUGCGUCAGGCUGCUCGUGCUGUUGCCAAGAAGAUUGGAGAGAUGGUUGAACUGAACGUCAAAUCCAUUGGUUCCAACGGCAUUCUCUCCCACUUCAUCGAUGGCCUGCGCAAGCAAGAUAACCCCUUGUCUGACUAUGGCGUGAACGUGGUGAAGAAUCUGCUUGACAGUGGUCUCAAUGCGCAUGAAGUCACCUGGACUCAGAUCCUCCCAGCUGUUGUAUCUAUGGUGCCCAAAUUGGGUCAGGUGUUCACUCAAAUCAUCGACUUUUAUCUGUCCGAUGCUGGAAAGGCAUACUUGCCCGAGAUCAACCGCCUGGCCAAGUUGAACACACCGGAGUCCGACAAGGCUCUUACUCACUACGUACUUGAAGCCAUUCGUCUCAACGGAACAUACGGUGCCUACCGCGAAGCUCAACGAGACGUCACCGUUAACGAUGGCGGUAAUGAGAUACAGAUCAAUAAGGGUGCCAAGGUUUUUGUCAGCUUCAUCAGCGCCUCACGCGACCCAGUCGUCUUCCCCGAACCCGAAAAGGUUCUUCUUGACCGCCCCGUGGAUUCAUAUGUCCACUACGGCAUUGGAGCUCACUCUUGCCUCGGUCAGGAUGCCAGCCUUAUCGCCUUGACCUCCAUGCUUCGCGUCGUUGGUCGUUUGGAUAACCUCCGUCGUGCACGCGGUACCCAAGGCCUUCUGAAGAAAAUCCCUCGUGAGGGUGGUUCUUACCACUACCUCCGCGAGGAUGGCGGCAGCUUCACUCCGUUCCCAGCUACUUUUAAAGUCGAAUGGGAUAGCGAACUCCCCGCCUUGAAGAACCGCGGAACAUGGUAA